CGCAUAAGUGCGACUGGCCGGGUUGUGACAAAUCGUUUUUAGCGCCGUAUGCUCUGCGCACACAUAAACUCAAACACACGGGUAUUCGGCCGCAUAAGUGCGAUAUGUUUGGCUGUACGGCCUCUUUCGCCAGACCUACAGACUUGGCUCGACAUAAGAGGGAAACGCAUUGCACGGAAAGGCAAUACCUGUGCGAACACGAGAACUGCGGCUCAAAGUUCUAUAGGAAAGACGACUUAAGGCAUCACAUCCGCCGCAAACACGACUGUCCGCAGUUCGGACGCCGCGCCAAACGGCUCCGCAAGGGCGCCGACAGUAAGGAAAUGGUGGUUAAGAAAGGAGUUCGCCGUAAGCUGUCGAUGAAGACCGAGGAUAACAGCGCCGCCGAGGGCUCGCUGGGCGCCGGUGGCGGCGGCACCGGUAGUGACGCCACGGAGGGCUUGGAUGAGCCCAAAGUGGUGAUCGACUUGAAUGUGGCGAAAGUGAAUCAGUUGCGCAAAUCUAUUCAAAUUAAUUUUGUUUAAAAAAGUUUUUUUGUUUAUUAUUUAAUAGAUUAAAUUUAUUAUUUUGACAAAUUCUCUCUCUCUCUCUCUCUCUCACUCUCUCUCUCUCACUCACUCACUCACUCAC